AUGAUUUGGUGUUGUUUCCCUCUGAAGAACAUCCGUUACAGCAAUCCCUAUUUACGACAACAAGAAAUUAGGGUUCAUAUCCCUCAUUUGAAAACAAGGACUAAAAUGGCAUUGGGUAGGAGUUACAGCUUAGGGUUAGUAAAACGCACGAGUUCAUUUGGUAGGAAGAGGAUUCUGAUUUUGAACGAAAUGGAUAUCGAUUCUAUCGAUACGAUUUCGCCCACGAAGAAACGAUCAAUGGGAAACAGUUUCAGUGCCAGUCGAUCGUUGCUGGAAGCUCUGCCUCAGGAUAUUCUCAUUAGGGUCUUGUGUGGUGUAGACCAUGAUGAUCUGAAGAGGCUGUUUCAUGUAUCUAAACCGAUUAGAGAAGCUGCUAUUAUAGCAAAGAAACUGCAUUUUGAAUAUAAUACACCAAAAAAGAUCCCUGCUUUUAGAUCCACCAUAGAACCAUCAUCACUUGAGUUUGAUGAAAUUGGAGCUCCAAGACAAUUGAGAGUAGCUCGUUCUCGAUUGGAUAGAAAAAAACUGGCUUCCAUUUCGGUUGCCUUAUUUACUUCUGAUGCUGAAGAUGAAGUGUUUUCAAGGAGGAAUUUGUAGAAAGUAUCAACUUUUUUGUAAAUAGAGAGGAAAGAUAGAGAAGAUGAUGUUGUUUAUAGAAGCAAUUUAGGGUUCUUCAAUUGUUCCAUUGAAGAUUAUGGGGUUUUGUGGUUGUACAUUUACGAAAGAAAGCAUAGACACUAGUCAGUGUAGUGAUAUUUAUGAAGAU